GCGAUCAACCCCGUCGUCAAGACGUUUUCCAACCUCCUCAACUCGGUCCAUCACCCGUACGCAGGAGCCCGCUGCUCAGCCGCCCCCGGGGCUUCAGCGGACUCGGCCUUUGAUCUCUAA